AUGAUUCAUAUAAAGUUUCAGCAAUCUGUUGUAUUGAACUACAUAGUUCUGAUUGCAUCCCAGCUUAAGUGGGCAAUGAAUUACCUCCUUCUCCAAUCCUUCUUUCAACCUUGCGAAAUCGAGUUACCAGACUAUGUUGAUGACCUUACUGUAAGGCGUUACGAAAAUAAUAAUAAUAAAGCAGAAUGUGAGGAUAUAUCGGUGGAAUGUGCUGUUUGCUUAUGCAGAAUUGAUGAAGGGGAUGAGGUUAGAGAGCUGAGAUGCAACCAUCUUUAUCAUAGAGUUUGCAUAGACAGGUGGCUAGGAUAUGGGCACAAGACAUGUCCACUCUGCCGGAAUAACCUAAAGCCACCUCAAAUGGCGGCCGACCUCCACCAAGCUGAGGUGAUACUGAUUAACUUCUGUGCCGCUAGAUCAAGGGAGGGCCGCUGA